UUUCGGUCAUUUUCAUUCAUGGAUGGGUUUAUUUGUGCGUGCAAUCGCCUUUUUUAUUUUUAAUAAUUUAUUAUUGUAAUUAACAUAAAUUCCUAUUACUAUUUUAGCUUGACUAAUAUAUCGGCGACUAUUUAUAAGAUAACAUAUUAAUAACAAUAUAGCGGUUAAGAUGUCGGUGAUAGAGUUUCUGAAGGAUCUUCCGUCGUACGACGAGCACAACUUCACACUAUUCAAUACUGAUCAUGGCAUUCGAAAUUGUUCGAAAAGACCUUCAAUAUACCUACCAACUAAGGAUAUUCCUUCUGAACAAAUAAUUGUAACAGAAAAGACAAAUAUUUUGUUAAGGUAUCUACACCAGCAGUGGGAGAAAAAGAACAACACCUCCCCAAAGAAACGUGACCAGAGCCACAUAGAACAAAAUGGUGAUGAUAGUAGACCACGCAAGAGGCCCUGCCUUACGUCACCGUUCCACUGAACAUUCUUAUAUUUAUGUUGUGCUUCAGUUACAGACUUUGAAAAGUGUAUUGCCAUUUUAUAUUAACGUUUGUAUAUCACACAUAGGUCAAUUUAUAUGUUGAUUCUCAAAACAAGUUCCAUGUUUAUUGGGAGCUUAUAAAUAUAAUUCACUGAUUAAUUUUUUCAAGAUUAUAAAUUAAUUUUGUCACUAAUUACUAUGUACACAAAUCCUAAACUACUUUGACUGAGCAAUCAUACUUUGCUUUCACUUAACUAAGUAAUUAAGUAAGGCGCCUUCUCAACCAUCAAACUUUCUCAUUAAGCAGUCUUUGACAAACAAUUUAAACAAAGCUGCAGACUAUCAAAUUGUGUAACUCUUGAUUUGAUAAAAACUUUAAUCAUUUAAUUCCUUAAGAAAAAGAAUCUUUUGUAGUGUUAAGGCAGCCUAAUAUUAUGAGGUUUCAUUCCAAGUUAAUUAAGUUUUCACACCCUAUGUAAUGUAAUAUUGUUAUGAUAAUUAUGUUAUGCUAGAUUUGUUGUAAAAAUAAAAUAGUCAUAUCAUGUAAGGUCAAAACAAUUAAUUAUAUUGUUCAGUAUUUACUACUUCUGUAUUGGUGUAUUACAUACAUAUUACACACCCUGCACCCCUCUUAAUAUGUGUCUAGGACUCGAUUGUGCGGUUAAUCCACUAUAUGAAGUAUUGUGUGAGUAAGUGUUGAGUGAUGCUAAGCUAUCUUGGUACUUUGUUGCACAACUUCUAUGCACGAAACUAAACAAUAUGGUAGUUGAAUCAAAUUUAAUAUAAACAAUAUUAAUUUCGUACAUGGAUUAAGGGUCCGAAUUGUAUCGAUAAUUUUUAAUAUAAGUUAAGGAUUUCAUAGAAAACUCAAUUUAAAAAUUAUGUAUUUAAUUAAUUUUUCCAUAACGUCAAAAAACGUCGUAAAUCUAUAGGUCAAACACUGUUGUUAAAGGUUUAGUGUUAAAGUUAAGUCAUGAAACAGUUAAAAUAUAUACCAUCUCGGCCAACAGUGUUUUGGCUUGUAUUGUCAAAAAAUAUUUCAAAUAUUUUUAUGUAAUUGGGUCUCAAAAUAAUAUGAUCUUUUUUCAAUCUAGUAGAACAUUAUUGAACAUUAAAAUACCCUGUAAAAAAAGUGUCAACUAGCCUAUUGAGAGAUGAAAUCGUACUGUGGGUGGUGCCAUCUAGUAUCAAUAUCAGAACUACUGUUUAAAAAACACACAUUUUUGAAAUUUAAAAAUACAUGUUUUUGAAUGAAUGAGUUAAUAUCAUAAUAUUGUGUGUAUCUAUGUACCUAGUGGCGUGCACAAUUUUUUCAACUAGGGUAGCUAUUAUACGUCAACAUUGUACUAAAUGGAAAAUUCUUUCUCAAGACUCCAUUAAGGUUUAUAAACAUAGGUUUGAUGAGUUCUUCUUCUUCUUGGUUCUAUGGCUCCGCGCGUGUUUGAUGAGUUAUCGGUGCAUUUUUACACCACCACCACCAAAUACCACGUGACCAAUCAAUCACUGUUUUAUUUGCAAACAUGUGCUGAGGAUGACGUUUUUAUUCAUCACAACUUUCGAUACCACUAUACAACUUUUUUCGUCAAAUUAAAUUGUUAGGUGCUUAUUUAAGUUUGUAUUGCUUACUCAAAACUACUUGCACUUUUUUAGAAUAACUUUGUUAGUAAAAAUAUUACUUAUUCCUAGGCAUUCAAGUAACAAGUACCUAAUUCACUUAUUCUGUUCUUGGGAAAUAACUAUUAAUGUUUUAAUAUUCUUGUGUCAGAGGGAUGUAAAAUAAUGAUGAUAGGAAUUGUAAAUUUUGGAUACAUGGAUAGUAAUUUAUAGUUUGGCUAAACAUAAAAAAUAAUUUAUUUUGUAGACCUGUAGAGUAGUUCAUUCAGGCUAUUUUUUAAAACUGAUAAAAUAUAUUUAAUAUACAAAUAGAAAA